UUAAAUGACAUUUUUGUAAUCUUUCUACUAUUACAAAUUGUUUUGUACAAAAAAUUUAUUAAGUAGUUGUACUUAUACACUGUAUAUUAUAUUUACGUAUAGUAUUUAAGACUAUUAAAUAAAAUUAACACUAACCUAAAGUUAUUGACUAAUAACAAAUACUGAGUUAAUUUAUUGUUAAAUAAAUAUUCUGUUGACAUUGCAAAAAUAGACACAAGAAUUAUGGAGAAAGAAGAAAUUUGUCUGUAUUUCAAUAACAUUAUUAGAGAUGAAAAACAUGUAUCUGCCGGAAUGGCUGCUAUUCGUACAUUGCUUAAGGUUCUGGAAUGCUCAAAAUCAGAAACAGUUCAAGAGCUUAGGUAUUGUCUACAAAAUGCAAUAGAUGCAAUGAGAUCUACAGAAAAUCCUGUAACUGCUAUUGCAUCAGGCAGCGAAUUAUUUCUUCGUUUUAUAACUUUGGCCACAUUAGAUACACCAUCAUUUGCAGAAUGUAGAGGGAUUAUGCUUCAUAGAGGAAAGAUGUUCUAUGAGAAGUUAGUAGCUGCAAGAGGGAAGGUUGCAAAAGUAGCAGCACAUUUCAUUAAGGAUGGUUCUAAAAUACUUACUCACUCAAAAUCUAGAGUUGUAUUACAAGCAAUGAAAGAAGCUGCUGCAAGUAACAAAAUAUUUGAAGUAUAUGUUACUUCUUCCUCACCAGAUAAUAGUGGAGAAGAAAUGUACCAGAAUUUAACUAACUUGGGUGUAUCCUGCACCUUAAUAUUAGACUCUGCAAUGGGGUAUGUAAUGGAACAGGUUGAUAUGGUAAUGGUUGGAGCAGAGGGUGUUGCAGAAAGUGGUGGUGUUAUUAAUAAGGUUGGCACAUAUACAAUGGCUAUGUGUGCAAAAGAAGUGAAGAAACCUUUUUAUGUAUUAACUGAAAGUUUCAAGUUCUCACGAAUAUAUCCGUUAAAUCAAGUCGACCUGCCAGACGAAUUCAAGUACACGGCAAGCACGCUAAAAAAGAAUUUACAAAAAGAACAUCCGUUAGUUGAUUAUACGCCGCCUCAUUAUAUUAAUCUUCUGUUCACCGAUUUAGGCAUUUUGACACCUUCGGCUGUCAGUGAUGAACUUAUUAAAUUAUAUUUAUAAAAAACGUAUUUAUUAAUUGCAACUUUAUCCAUCUUAAUAGUUUUACUUUUUACUGUGGUACAUGUUACAUAUACAUUUGAACUUAAUAAAAGUAUGAACAGGAUAUAACGCACAAAAAUUGACGCGGAACCGCUUAUACUAAAGGUCGCAAAAAUUUUAAUGGUUUAACGAAAGGAAAGUCGAACUUUACAAAACAUUUUAACACAAGGUUUAUUAAUUAAUUUUAAAAAUAAUAAUGAGUAUUGAACAAUGGUAACGCACAUAAAUUCUGUUUACAUUGCGAUUCAGUAUGUAUCCAGUUCUAUUCUAUAACACGACUUCAUUCAAGUGUUUCAUUCUUUUCUGUUCUUAAAUUCGUGUUAAUCAUAAAAUAAAUUUGCAUACCUCA